AUGUCGUCGCUCUUUAGCUUUUCGACGCCGGUCGACAUUGAUGUGCGGCUCGAAGAUGAGCAUGAUCGGAAACAAGUCGAUGUGAAGCUCGAGAGUCCCGCGAAAGAGACGCUCCCGGUGUACUUUGACGGAGAGAGCCUGCGGGGCUCGGUCGUGAUCCAGCCCCGGAAUACCAAGCGGAUGCAGCACGAUGGCGUCAAGAUUGAGUUUAUCGGGUGCAUUGAACUCUACUUUGACCGCGGCAACCACUACGAGUUCCUCUCGCUCGUGCAAGAGCUCGCGAUGCCCGGCGAGCUGCGCGAGUCCGAGUCGCUUCCGUUCGAGUUCAAGAACGUGGAAAAGCUGUACGAGAGCUACAAUGGCAUCAAUGUGAAGCUGCGCUACUUUCUGCGCGUGACCGUGAGCCGCCGGAUGUCGGACGUGAUCAAGGAGCGGGAGCUCUGGGUGCACUCCUUCCGCCUUCCCCCCGACUCGAAUAAUGCGAUCAAGAUGGAAGUGGGUAUCGAGGACUGCCUGCACAUUGAGUUUGAGUACAACAAGUCCAAGUACCAUCUAAAGGACGUGAUUGUCGGCAAGAUCUACUUCUUGCUCGUCCGCAUCAAAAUCAAGCAUAUGGAGCUCUCUAUUAUCCGGCGCGAGACGACCGGUGCGGUGCCGAACCAGUACAACGAGUCCGAGACCAUCACCAAAUUUGAAAUCAUGGACGGCGCGCCGGUGCGUGGCGAGACGAUUCCCAUCCGGCUCUUCCUCGGCGGCUUUGACCUGACACCGACCUUCCGCGACGUGAACAAGAAGUUCAGCACGCGCUACUACCUCAACCUCGUCCUGAUCGACGAGGAGAACCGCCGCUAUUUCAAGCAGCAGGAGAUCACCAUCUUCCGCAUCCCAGAGAAUUAG